AUGCUCGCCAGCACCAGCACGAGCUCCCAACGGAGUCGGACACGCACGCGCAGGACCGUCGCGCGCGCAGCUCUCGGACUCGCCGCCCUCGCGACCGUGACGAGCGCCGCUCAGUUCGAGCCGCCCAACGACCAGGUCUUGCUCGGGUUCUGGUUCGACUCGGCACAGCCGUACAGCGAUACGCCGACCGCGAUCAACAACAACCUCGGAUUCAAUGUCCCCGUCUUCCAGAUGGCGCAGGCGAUCCCCCUGCCUCCGUUCGACUGGGUCACCGGUGCAGGUGGUCCUGCACCAGAAAACCAAAUCGAAAAGUCGGCGACGGACGCGGCGGUCUUCUUGACGGUGUACCCGGUGGAUGGGUUCCAGACCGUGACGGACGACGACUUUAUCGCGCUGGGCAAGCAGAUCCUCGACUACCAAAUCAACUUGAACCGAACCGUCUUCCUGCGUUACGCGCCGGAGAUGCAGGGAACGUGGAUGAAGUACGGCAUGCAGCCUCAGGCGUUCAACCAGUCGUGGCACAACAUGUACACGCUCGUCAAGUCGGUCGCGCCCGAGACCAUCAUGGUUUGGGCGCCCAACACGCCCCAGGGGUACCCGUACGGCCAGCAGGGCACACAGUACAACGCUUUGAGCGCGGUCGACAAGGCCCUCCUCGAUACCAACAACAACGGACAGCUCGAUGCGGGAGACGACGCCUUGGCGCCUUACUACCCUGGUGACGACGUCGUCGACUGGAUUGGAUUGUCCAUCUACUACAAGGGUAUCCCGUCCGACACGCAGAACACGAUCCAGCCGAACGGGUACUGCGCCAACGUCAUCUCGGGCACCAACCCCGAGAGCGGAGAUGCCAUCACGCCCUGGUACGGACCUUACUGCGAGCAGAAGCCCGACAAGGCUUGCAUGUUCGCUGAGGCUGGUGCGGCGUACCACGUCAACGAUGCCGGUGCCGCGACCCAAGCCGCCCUCCAGCAGGCAUGGCUCAAGGACUGCGUCACCAACUCGUCGAUGCUCGACGCCUUCCCGCGCAUCAAGCUCUACAUGCAGUUCGAAUACGAGAAGACCGAGACGGCCAACAACGGCCAAGACGACCUCCGCGACUACCGACUGCUCAACGUCACCGACGUGCGACAAGAGCUCGCCGCCGACUUGCAGUCGCUCGGCACGCGCUUCAGCUGGGCCCAGUCGCGCGCCCCGCCCACUUCCAUCUCGUCGCCCGGCGCACCGGCGGCGACCAACUCGGCUGGAACGUCGAUCAUCCAGGCUAUUACGGCGACUACGCGCCCGCGGCCUACGACGUUCCCGAGCUUGUUUGGCUCGACGAGCGAUGGGACUCAGCGGGCCGAGUGGGCCGAGUUGGGCAUCAUGGUCGCUGCGGGAGUUGUCGGCGCUUGGACGGUCAUGAGGACGCUCUAG